GUACAGUCUCAGGAGAGAUUGAUAGAUGAGCUCAGAGUUAAACUAGAAGCCUCCAAAGGAAGCAGUCCAACAGCGAAUAAUGAUGAUAGGAUCACCGAGCUUGAAAAUAAGCUGAGGGAACUCGAGAAUAAGUCCAAGGCCGAGUCGGAAGCAUCAGCAACAAGCACGGCGCACUUGAGGGAUGAGCUCACCAUACGGGAGGGGGAGAUUGAGAGUCUUAGGAAAGCUGUAGAGAUGGCUACAAAUGAAAAUGUCGAAUUGCGACGGCUAGCUGAGAAUACUGAAGCUGAUCGAUGCCAACGAGAGGAGUCCGAUGAGGGGGUCCAAGCUUUGAAAGAGAGGAUCAUCGAGGCUGAGGGGAUCAUAGGAAACCUAAAGGAACGGAUCAAAGGACAGGAAGAGGAGCUGGAACAGCGAAGGAUCGGACUCCAGAAGGUGGAGGCACGAGUGACAGAGCUAUCGUUAGCUAACUCGAAGCUGGAGGAAGCCGCUGCGGUAGCUGCUGAGGCUCAUGAUCGUGAUCUACAGAGAGUAGCCUUGGAGAAGGUUGCUGAGAUAGAGUUGAAGGAUGAGGAGUUGCGGAGCACCAAUGAGGAAAUACAGCGACAUGAGGAGGAGAUGAAGGCUAUCAAGGCUCAGCUAUCACAUGGCCUUAAGGUCGAGAAGGAGUUAUUGAACACUAGAGCAGCUCUCCAGGAGUUGAGGACGAUCCGGGACCAACAAGCAAACGAGCUUGUAUCGAGAGAGAAGAUUAUUGCAGCUCAUGCAGAGGAGAUGUCAAGACUAUCAAAGGAAUCACUUGAUUUGAACAAACGUAUUGAAGACCAGGACAGGAGUGAAUCGGAGUUACACGUGAUGUAUCAACAAGUCAAGAGUGAGUACGGUAAACAGCUCGAAGAAACUGAGGACCUCCGUGGGAGGGCUGAAGAACAACGGAUGGCCCUUGCUGAUGCUGAGGCGAAGCUCAAGGAGUCUACUCAAUCUGUGGAGGAUCUCAGAGCCUCUCUGGAUGGGAAGGAGGCCGAGAUAGCUGAUCUAAAGCAAGCCAUCGGGGAACUGACUACCGGACAAGCUGCUGAUGCUGCUGUAUGGUUCAGAUCGCAUAUGGAAAGGGAGAUUGCGGUAUUGAAGGCUAGGGGGAAGAAGAUAGACCUCGCUAAGAAUGAUGAGUUGGAUAAGCUACGACUGGCAUUAGAAGCUACGCAUGCCUCGGAGAAGGCUCAGAUGCAGGCAAGCAUCGUCAAGCUCGAAGAGGCGCUCACAGACCUUCAGACACAGUAUGACGCAACGACAGAUGAACUCCAUACAUUACG